AUGUAUAGAUCCCUCCGGACGGAUCUGCGGCGCCAUUUUCGGCGAUAUUCAAGCGGAUCUGGGCAGAUACUACCCAAGUGUAUCAGGGACAUUGCACAGAACCCUCCCCAGAUUGGUGACACUAUCAAGAUCAAUGGAUGGGUGAAAUCUUUGAGAAUAUCAAAAAAUGUUGCAUUUGUCGACCUCGUUGACGGUUCUUCGCACGGAGACAUCAAAUGUGUUGUUCGGCCACCUUCGCUAAUUCCGAAAGCACUAAACACAGGCGCUGGAGUGCAAAUAUCAGGUGUCUGGACAGAAGGUAAAGGGAGACAAAGUUACGAGCUUCAGGUGACCGAGCAGCACGGGCCGCAGAUCGAAGUGUAUGGUGGAGUUGAAGAACUGUAUCCACUGCAGAAAAAAACUCACUCCAGCCAAUUCUUGAGAAGCAUACCAGAGUAUCGGUGGAGAGUGCCCGAAGCCGGCUCCAUCCUCCGGAUGAGCUCAAAACUAGAGUCUUUCUUCUCAGAAUUCUUCGACGAACGCACGUUUUUCAAAACUCAUCCACCAACGGUGACAAGCAGUGACUGUGAGGGGGCCGGUGAGCUUUUCCGCAUUGAGUCAGAGUCGAAGCUCGGCAGUCCAGAGCAAUUUUUUGGUAAGAAAGCAUACAUGACAGUUUCGACCCAAUUGCAUCUCGAAGUUUUGUGUGCAGCCUUAGGCCGUGUCUGGACGCUUACUCCAUGCUUUCGCGCCGAGGAGAGCGACACAAAUCGUCAUCUUUCUGAAUUUUGGAUGUUAGAGGCAGAGAUAGCAUUUAUUGACGACGUGACACAACUGACCCGAUUUUCCGAGGCGAUGUUGCGCUACAUAGCUCGCGCACUUCAAAACAGUGGAUUUGAUGAGUUUUCUGACGAGAUUAAACAACGUUGGGACAUGCUGGCAAAUGGCACUUACACUCAGAUCACUUACUCUGAGGCUAUAGAUCUCGUGCGACAAAAUUCAAGCAAGUUUACGACCAUUCCAACGUGGGGAGACAGUCUGGGCUCUGAGCACGAAAAGUGGCUUGCCGGUGAAUAUUACAAGGGCCCUGUGUUUGUGACGAACUACCCUAUAGACCAAAAACCUUUUUACAUGAAAAAAAACAGUGAUGGUAAAACUGUGGCAUGUUACGACUUGUUGAUUCCGCAAAUCGGAGAGUUGAUUGGCGGAUCUUUGAGAGAGCAUGACCUGCACAAGUUGGAGCAGGAGAUUGCUAACCGGCAAAUGGAUGUCGGCCCUCUACAAUGGUACUUAAACCUUAGAAGGAACGGGAGCGUGCCGCAUGGGGGCUUUGGCAUGGGCUUUGAAAGAUUACUGCAGUACGUGAGCGGGGCUGAGAAUAUACGCGAUACAAUCCCAUUUCCUAGAACGACAAAUCAUUGUGCUUGUUAG